AUGGGACAGAAAAUUUUAAAUGGGACAUUUGGAUUUCUAGAACAAUGUCGACUUCCGGGAUCAGAUAAGGUAGCACCCCAUGUAAUUGUAGGUGAUGAGGCUUUUCGCUUACAUAAACAUAUUUUGAAACCAUAUACGAGAAAAUCUGCCCGAGAAAAUCCUUCAGAAGCUGUGUUUAAUUACAGACUAUUCGUGCUCGAAGAGUUACCGAAAAUGAUUUCGGGGCUUAACUCUGAUGACAAUGACAAUGAUUUUAAUGAGAAUAGACAACAAUUGCAGUUAGAUUUACACAACAACCAUAAUUACGAUGUUGACUUUAUUAUACCUGACUGCAAGGAAAGUAUUGGAACAAAAAAAGCAUUUUUGGAACGACAUCCCAUACAACCUUUAGGAACCAAUGGAAAACAGAUGCCUUUUAAUCCAAGUAAACUGUAUUAUCGUGCACUUCCUAAUGGAGAAAAGAUUUUAAGAAAAUCUUUAUCAUAUUCUUCUAUAUUAAAUAAAAUAUUUUGUGCUAGUUGUAUGGUAUUUUCUGAUAAAACUUCUAAUGUUUCUCCAUUUGUCAAUGGUUAUACAAUUAAGGCAAAACAUGUUUAUAAAGCUGCUGAAGAACAUGAAAAUUCAAAAACCCAUCGACACGCAAUAUCAGCUGCACUUCAAUGUUCAAUGAGUAAAGAUAUUGGCUCAUUAAUUGACCGCGAUCUUACAUUUAAACGUAUGAAGGAAAUAGAGCAACGAAGAUUGGUCCUUAAAAGGCUUAUAGAUAUUAUAAUUUUUAUUGGGCGUCAAGGUUUUCCAUUCAGAGGUAAAGAAGAAGGUGCCCACUCAUUGAAUAAGAAAGGAAACCAUGGUAAUUUUUUAGAAUUAGUCUUAUUACUUGCUGAUUACGACAGUGUAUUACGUGUACAUUUGGAUCACGAAGCUCCCGGGUUUGGUGACCUCGGACAAGCCUCGCGGCAUGUCCUCCGUCUGCAACUACGGACCUUAUGUUAG